AUGGAGAAAGUUGACGCGGACGUCCAUCAGUUCGACAUCCUUGACGGUUCACCCCUCUAUGUGAAUCCAAAACAGUUCCAUCGUAUCAUCAAGAGACGUGUAGCACGACAGAAGGCCAGAGAGGCUACGGUCGGGGCUACGUAUUCCCAGGAUGCUCCAGCGAAUGACUCGCAAGGGGCCUCAAGCUGGGCAUCUUCUGGUGGAGAUUCGUAUCAUGCGUCGGAACCGUCUGUCGACGAGGCGCGGACUGAGCUUCGCUUGCCAUUCCGCAAGUAUGGAGAUGAGCGCGACAAGGACGGCGACACCCUGUCCAUUGAGAGCCACUCUAUCAAACCUUUCAAGCCAGAGCGUCAUUCCUCGGACUGGCCUUACAGCUGUAAAUAUUUCGUCCCCGAGCUCAUGAAUGCUGAAGGCGCAACUUCUUUACUCAAAGGCGACGCGGAGUUCCUCCCUGCUGAGAGCAACACCUCGGAAUGCUUCACGGUCGUUGAUUUGACGGAGACCGGGCCACAUUCUUUCGUGCUGUCUCCCACAGACAGUCAAUUCGACGAACGGCUCCGAAUGACUGAUCUCUCCCACGGCAGUACGCGAAUCAUCUUUGUUUCGCAGAAACGGCUAUGCCUUAAGAACUACACCACCAGCAGAUACGGGCUCCAGCAUUCAACUUGGCUUCGGAUCUUGUCCUCGGGUGACAUACCCCCAGACGCCGUGCAGCUGAUCCAUGAGAACAACGGAUGCCGGGGAUCCCAUACAUCAUUCUGCUCCGAUGUUAGAAGCAUUCCGUGUCGAACCAAGGCUUCCAGUAACAAGCUUUGGGAGACGCUGUGUGCCUACCACAUUUGGCUUAAGCCGCGACCAUGGUGGAACGAAGAGCAUUUUGUCUACGCUCGCCAUGACUUUCAUUCGACGAGGAAGCUCUUACUCGUGGUUGGUACUUCUCUCGACGCGCAACGACAGCGUGUCUUGUCGCAGUUCCGAUCCGUAACGCAGCCGCAUCUGUUCUCCGUCCUGCUUGCCCUCACAACAACAUGGACGAAGGACCUUGAAGAAUUUGUGUGGGAGCAAGACUUCAGCACACAGCGGCUUGAGUCGGACACUGGCUGGUCCACCGUUGGCCAUACUCAGCUAAAGCCUUUACCGCGCGAGAAGCUCGCCCUCCGCAAAGACGUGAUCUUUACCAAAGACGCGCUAUCCCAUGCGCUCCGUGCAUCAGAGUCAUUCGAUGAACUCUUCACCUUCCUGUCAAAAGAGAUACACUCGAUCCCCUUGGACUGCUAUAAGGUCAAACUCCGUUCCGACCAGCUCAAGGACGCCUUCCUACAACAAAGUUGCAAACAGUGGCACCAAAAGAGCCAAGCUCAAGGACUCAUGGAGCGCCUCGAUACUCAAUGGAAGAUUGUCAGCGCGCUCAUGGCCCAGCAUAAUAACAGCUUGAACUAUCAGAUCGCCACAGAUUCCAGAGUCGACACCGUUAUCAUGCGGCGUAUCUCCUUCGUGACGAUAGCUUUUCUCCCGGCGACUUUUUUAGCGACUUUCUUCAGUAUGUCGUUUUUCCACGUCACUUCGGACGACUUAGCUGCGAGCCCUGCCAUCUGGAUUUACGUUGCCUGCGUCGUGCCCCUGACUCUGGCCAUUGCCUGGCAGUCGAGCACUCGAGGUUUGUCUGCAGUGAGGUGGGCUACAUCAAAGCUGCGGAGGAGGACCCCCAAGAAGAGCGUUUUCUUCGAGGAUUGA